UAGCCCAUAUUAAACAUGGCUGCUUCUGCCCCGAGUAUCCCAAGCUUUGCUUUCGUCCAAAGCCCUCGGCGGAAGUGCGUUCUAAAGGCAGUAAUUGUCUUACGUAGUCUGGGUGGUUCCCAUUUCUGGCCCGAGGGAACUUUAUCCGGUUUGAUGGAAGAGAUGUCAGGAGAGAGUGUGGUGAGUUCUGUGGUGCCUGCAGCUACAACCCGCACCACUUCAUUCAAAUGUGCCAGUACUAGCUCUAAGUAUGUGAAACUGAAUGUAGGUGGUGCCCUAUACUACACUACCAUGCAGACUCUGACUAAACAGGACACCAUGCUGAAAGCGAUGUUCAGUGGCAGGAUGGAGGUGCUUACAGACAGUGAAGGUUGGAUUUUAAUCGACCGCUGUGGAAAGCACUUUGGGACUAUAUUAAAUUACUUGCGAGAUGGAGCUGUACCACUGCCAGAAACUCGUAGAGAGAUAGAAGAACUUCUGGCAGAAGCAAAGUAUUAUCUUGUGCAGGGACUUGCAGAUGAAUGUCAGGCUUCUUUGCAGCAGAAUAAAGAUGUCUAUGAGCCUUUUUGCAAAGUGCCUGUCAUCACUUCCUCCAAAGAAGAGCAAAAGCUUAUUGCCACAUCAAACAAGCCAGCAGUGAAACUCCUCUAUAACAGAAGCAAUAACAAGUAUUCCUACACCAGUAACUCUGAUGAUAAUAUGUUGAAGAACAUCGAACUGUUCGACAAGCUUUCUCUAAGGUUUAAUGGGCGCGUCUUAUUCAUAAAAGAUGUGAUUGGAGAUGAGAUAUGCUGUUGGUCGUUCUAUGGACAGGGACGAAAAAUUGCAGAGGUUUGCUGUACCUCCAUUGUGUAUGCUACAGAAAAGAAACAAACAAAGGUGGAGUUUCCUGAAGCACGAAUAUAUGAAGAAACUUUAAACAUUCUACUGUAUGAGGCUCAGGAUGGGCGAGGGCCAGAUAAUGCUCUUCUUGAGGCUACGGGUGGGGCUGCUGGACGUUCCCAUCACCUUGAUGAUGACGAUGAGCGUGAUCGCAUUGAACGAGUUAGACGGAUCCACAUCAAGAGGCCAGAUGAUAGAGCUCACCUUCACCAAUAGGACCUUUAUACUUUCCUUCUUUUGUGUCCGUCCAGAACUGACAUCUACCUCCUCAAACUUAGCCUUGCUCACUUAGGAGAAGGCAUUUCAUACCAACAGAGGGGGGGUGGGGCUUUAUAUGCACACUUGUGCUUGCAAUUCCAGCGUCAGCCACUUAUCACUUUGUCAUAUCACUUUUAAGGGACAACAACAUGAUAUAUUUUGUAUUUUAUUCACUUCUGGACCUUUGCUUUCCUCAGGCUCUCUAGGCUGGCAUGGAAUUGUCAAAGAGGCCCUGGCCUUUUAACAAUGUUUAGUUUGAUAUUCUGUGAUGUAUUGUCUAUAUGCUGCACCGUGGCAGUAGCUGUGACCUGUCCGUAUGUAUGGAGAAUAUCAACAAACCAGUGAAGCUACCAUAUACUGUCAUAGCUUCACAAAACUCCAGAUGCCUUACAAGUUCAUUUUUAGCACAAUAUCUAGAUAUCCCAAACAGUGUUAUUUAAAUGCGCCUUUGUGGCUGUUUUGAAUAAUAAUACUCAACCCAUCUGUUGCUCGAAAGGACCAUGGUCUUUGUAAGCUAGAAAGGGUUUUUUACUGAACUGUAGUCUGGGGAUGUUUUUUUUUUACCCAGAAAAUACAAUGCACCUUUUUGAGUUUGUUUUUAUGUUAGAAUUAAUAUUAUAUAUAUAAAUAUAUAUUUCUUGGGUUUUUAUGAAUCUUCAGUCCCUUUUGUGUAAAAAAAAAAAAUGAAACCAUAACUUAUACCGUUUUCUCCAAUAAACGUAAACCUGGACUUACUUGCUCUCU